UUUGCAUUGAUUGUCAAAACACGUCACGGCGUGUCAUAAAAAAAUUGUUUGCCGUGUGUAGUGGACUGACUGACGAGCAGACAUCGAAUUACAAUAUUUGAUUGCAUAGAACUAUUCAGUGCAUUCCGGGAAUUAAUCGUGUGGUGAUUUAAAACAAAGGCUAAAGAAAUAAAUUAGUAAUAUUCAACAAUGAGUUCGCGUCAUCGUGAUCGUAGCCGUUCGCGUUCUCGAGAUCGUGAUCGGGAGCGUGACAGGGAUCGUCACAAGGAACGUGACCGUGAGAAGAACAGGGACAAGGAGAGAGACCGUGACCGCGAUAGGGACCGCGACCGCGACAGGGACCGGGACCGUGACCGGGAUAGGGAGAGGCAUCGCUCGAAGAGGUGUGUGAAAUCACCACGAAGCGUCUCAAAUCAGCUGUCAGAGUACUUGUUUUGGUCCCCUUAUGCAACGUCUCAUGUUUACAGAGACAAGGAUCGGGAACGCAGCCGCAGCCGCGACAGACACAAAGAAAAGCGUCGCAGUCGUUCACGCAGUAGAAGUCGCAGCCGAGGCAGGAAAUCCAAAGAUAGGGACGGAACCAUAGCCCUUCUUGACCAGAUGGUGGGUACCACAACCAAAGCGACUGCACGUGCUGUGCCUAGCACGGCUUCACUCAACCCGGCCACUCAGGCCGCAAUCCUGGCUGCCGCUGCUGUCGCUCAGCAGACAUUCGUGGCGGCGCGCCGCAUCUCGGCGGCGGUGCAGCCCGCGGCGGCGGCGGCGGCGGCGCUGUCGGCCGCGAGCGCCAUUCCCCCCCCCACCUCCGUGCAGCAGAAGCUCGAGCUGCUGCAGGCGCGCACCGAGUCCCGCUACCGGGACAAGAACCACCACCUAGACGACUAUCAUCCUGAUGACGACAAGGACGACGGACAGGGGCCGGCGGGCGAGACGGCGGCGGAGCGGCGCGCGCGGCGGCGGCGCACGCGCUGGACGGGCUCCGAGCACGACAAGACCUUCAUCCCCGGCCUGCCCACCGUGCUGCCCUCCACGCUCACCAAGGAGCAGGAGGAGCAGUAUCUGCUUCAGCUGCAGAUCGAGGAGGUGAGCCGCAAGCUGCGCUCCGGGGACCUGGGCAUCCCCGCCAACAUCGAAGAGAGGUCGCCGUCGCCGGAGCCGAUCUACUCGACGGACGGCAAGCGGCUGAACACGCGCGAGUACCGCACGCGCCGCAAGCUGGAGGAGGAGCGGCAUCGCCUCGUCACGCGCAUGCACCAGAUCAACCCGGACUUCAAGCCGCCGCCCGACUACAAGCCGCCGAUCAUCCGCGUGCACGACAAGGUGAUGAUCCCGCAGGAGGAGCACCCCGACAUCAACUUCGUGGGGCUGCUCAUCGGCCCGCGCGGGAACACGCUCAAAGCGAUGGAGAAGGAGACCGGCGCCAAGAUAAUAAUCCGCGGCAAGGGCUCCGUGAAGGAGGGGAAGGUCGGCCGCAAGGACGGACAGCCGCUGCCCGGCGAGGACGAGCCGCUGCACGCGUACAUCACCGCCACCAACGCGGACUGCGUCAACAAGGCCGUGCUCAAGAUCAAGGAGGUGAUCCGGCAGGGCGUGGAGGUGCCCGAGGGGCAGAACGACCUGCGGCGCAUGCAGCUGCGGGAACUGGCGCAGCUCAACGGCACGUUGCGGGAGCACGACGCGCAGCGCUGCGCCAACUGCACCGCCACCGACCACAAGACGUGGCUCUGCCCCGACAAGCCCAACGUGACCAACAGCAUCGUGUGCUCGUCGUGCGGCGGCGCCGGGCACAUCGCGCGCGACUGCCGCCACCGCCGCCCCGGCCACAUGCCCGCGCCCGCCGACAAGGCCAAGAUAGACGAGGAGUACAUGUCGCUGAUGGCGGAGCUGGGCGAGGCGGCGCCCGCGGGGGCGGGCGCGGGGGCGGGGGCGGGGCCCCGGCGCUACCCGCCCGCGCUGUUCGCGCCCCCGCACGCCGCACGUCCCAUCAUGCCGCCCCCCCCGGGCGGCGGCAUGAUGCCGAUGGCGGGCGGGUUCCCCCCCGCGCUGCCCCCCGCGCCCCCCACGCUGCCCCCCUCGGCCGCCGCUCCCUGGCUCGGUAUGAUCACAUCACACGCACACACCUACCGACCCCAAUAAU